AUGCAGAUCAACCAGCGUCUCCUAGCUAGCCGCCUUGGUCAAGGCUGGGGUCUGUCCGAGGCCGAAAAGUAUCGCAGCGACCUCGGCCCAUUCGUCAUUCCUUUCCCAAAGGACACCACUGCGAUGGAGCGCCCCUUUGGCAUAACCCUAACCGGACAUCGUGCCCUCGACUUCCAGCGUGUCCAUAUCAGAAUCGCAGCAGUCCAGGCCGGUCUUGCUGUAGACGUCAAAAACGGAGGGAUUAUCAUAUCUUCAAGACCUCCUCUCACAGGCCUUCAGUUUGGGAUCAUGCGGUUCGCGAAUAAGCUGGAGGCCUUCGGGUAUAGAAUGCGGUCCGAAGAGGGAAUGAAACUUUGUCCCUUGUACACGCCAUGGGGUUUUCGCAAAGACGACUGGUCGCAUGCGCUUAGGAUUCAGGAAUUGAUCGACAGGACUGCUACGAAGGGAACAGAGGCAGAUACUACUACAGAAGGUGAUGGAAAAGGCAUCUCUAAGAAGCAGCAGAAACGAGAUGCCGAUGAUAUAGAAGAGCUCGUUAACUUCAGUGACUGGCUUGAAGAUUGGGUUCUUGAGAGUGACUUGAUGGAGGACUCCUACUAUGAAGAGACUACGGAAUCAGAGAUCUGA